AUGGCUCAAAAGACCAGAUGGGAUGCGUUAGAGGCAUAUUUGGUGACCUACGUAGCUAAGAGAAAUAAGUUGCAUCAGGGGUAUACGCAAUGUAGGCAGCUAGGGGAGUGCAGCUCCCGACGUGUGUGUAAGUGCGGGAGUACCCUCUGCCUGGACGCAGAUAGACUUGGUCCUCCUGAAAGUUGUCUGCCCCUCAGUUAUGUCGAAGACCUUGAAGCAGCGUUAUUUCGAUGGCAACAACGCGAAGUGGCCCUCCAGCAACUGUUGCAGCAAAUAGAGCAACUGCAACGACUUGUUGCCAGCCACGAGCGACUGCGGGCCGAAGACAGAAGGAAACAUGAGGAAAGUGUUACGGCGCUUACUGAGAGAGUAGAGAUGCUGCAGCAGGAACUGGCCAGACUAGACCCGGACGAGAGUCGCAUCACAGAGGCACGGGAUCAGCAUGAAGAGCUCGUGGAGCUGCUGAAGGAAAGAGCAGCAUCUCACGGAGUACAGCAGCAACUGUUACUGGAAGCGCAACAGUUGCUGCAACAAGUAGCCAGCAGUGUGCAACAGCCCAUGGACACAAUAAGAAGCAGAGACAGUGGAAGGGGUCCCCCUCCAGCACUCUCUCUAGAAGAGGUCUCAGCUGUUGCCAUGGCAGCGUAUGAGGCAAAAACAUCCGAAGAGGCAGCAGCAGCAGAUCCAUCCCGAAGCCGACCGAGGCUGUCUCUGGUAGAGGCUGUUGAGAAUGUGCUGACAAUUAGACUUUCGACAGACGAUAAAGUACAAAGGAGCCUCGCCGGUGUUGCGCGAACCCUGCAGAUAUUGCAAAGGCAGCAUCAACAACGAUUGCAUGAAGAACUUCCUGAAUCUCCACUGCUUCGCAGAGUUCUUCGCUUUGGCAGGUUCCUGGGCGUCUGUACACUUGAAAAGUUUCUGCCACGCCCUUGUCUCAAUGUGUUCCUCUUCGUCUGGCGGCGCGUGCAGCACAUUCCCUUCUACAGCCCUCGGAAGGACACACACGCCUCACCCGCUGCGGCAAAAGGGGCUCUCUAUGUUCCUACAAAUCGACCCGCAACUGCUGCUCCAGCAGCUGCACAGUCUUCGAUGGUCGGAAAGACCAGCGGCGUAUUGGAAAGACCCCCCAUCCAUCAUAGCAGUUGCAGUAGAGCCACGAGUGGGAACUGCUUUCUACAUGCAGUGACACUCUUUGUGUUAGCUGCAGACGCUUUAGCUGGGGCAAAGGAAACAGCUGCUGCUGCAUUACUGACGGGUUUCGCGUCACGAGUUCGGAUAUGGGGCGGGGAAGGCACGGCUGGGGAAGUGUGUGGACCUCGCUACCACAAGACACCAAGCCCUUCACACACCCCAAGACAGCUUGCAUCCUCAGGAGCAGCAACCGCAGCAGCGACCGCAGCAGCAGCAAGCGGGAUCGAGACAGAUAGGGGGAAAGCCCGCCUGCUGCUCUGCGGUCUCCUCCAUUGCCGAUUGCAACAGGGGAAACUAAAGACACUGCAAAGGCACUUGAGCUUAGUUGAGGCGGAUACGCACAGGUGGAUGGACCGCAGUGAGAAGCCACCUCCAAAGCCAAAUCCACUCUUGACUGCUGCCCAAGUUCAGGCCAUUCUUCGAGAGGCUGCACUACCCCUUCCCCCCGCGGUGUGGCAGCCGCUGCUGAACGGAGAGAGUCAUCCUCUUCUGCAUGCAUCCGCACUCUUGCCCGUAGGGCCCUCCUCAGGGACGACCCCAAGGCCAGAGGGCCUCCAAUUUGUGGAGCUGCAACAUCUACCGGAACCACCACUCCUGGUUAUGGAGACGGAGGAUUUCUACGACGUUGUGCUGGAAGCUUGUGAAGCUGACUUUGCGUAUGGACCCUAG